AACAAAGACCUCUCUCUAUCUUUAAAAGCAAGAGAGAGAGUACAAAGAGAGGCUGAAAUUGAAAGAUGGCAAACUUUAUUCUGCAACUACCAAACAACUUGAGGAGCUUCUCUGUUUCUGCUUCUUCAAAUGGGAGUCCUCCCAGUAAUAGUAAUGGUGGUGGUCAAAAUGGAGGGCCGGUGAUAGUUGAACUGCCUCUGGAUAAGAUAAAGAGACCCCUUAUGCGUACAAGAGCUAAUGAUCCUAACAAAGUUAAAGAACUCAUGGAUAGUAUUAAAGAAAUUGGCCUCCAAGUACCUAUUGAUGUGAUCGAGGUUGAAGGAAAUUACUAUGGUUUCUCUGGAUGCCACCGGUACGAGGCUCACCAGCGCCUCGGCCUCCCAACAAUCCGCUGUAAAGUUCGUCGUGGAACGAAAGAAACUUUGAGGCACCAUCUUCGUUAAGUUCUAUCAAUUUGCUUCUCCAGGGUGAAAUUCAAGUAAAGUUAUCCUUUAUACACUAUAUUUGUACGCAGGUUUUCAAACAUAGUAUUUGUAAUAUACAAAUAUUUUACUAUUAAUCAAUGCGCUUUCCAUGGCUUGAGAAUACGAUUA